GAUCCUGUUCGGCUUCGUGGUCUAGUUCAAGAAGAGGGACUACUCAGCUUUGGCCAACUGAAACGUUUGAGGAAGAUACAAGACCAAAAGGGCACGGCUGAACACAAUGAAGAAUUGAUUUCAAUACUUUUUGCUGGAGAAACUGAAUCCUAUCUGGUCUUAUGUUCAGCAAUCCGCCAGAUGGGCUACACUGCCCGACACUUGGAGAUGCUUCGUGUCGUGGCUAAUCCAGAGAAAGAAUUGCUGUCUAGGGUUGGGCAACCUGAGUCAGCCAACGCCAUAUCAACCAGUGCAGACCCACCUGUAACCAUGCCAACUGAAGAAGGCAUGACAACAGCGGCUGCGUCAGCAGAAUAUGCAGCGUAUCAAUCCACUGCAGGGGCAACAAGUCCAUCGCCACUUGUACAGCGAUUCGGACCACUGUGUCCACCGAUGAAAAGCAGAACUGCAGCUGCAAGACCAGGAGCAGAAGGAGGAGAAGCAGCUGGAGCAGCAGCAGCAGCAGCAACACCCGCAGCAGCAGCAGGGGCAAUGGCAGGAAGAGUAGCGGUGGCUUCAUCAGCAACUAUAUUGAACCCUCAAGCGCCACAUCAGGCAAGGCUUCCAAUUGGAACAGCAAUGUCAGAACUUGCGCAUGGAGCAACAGCAGAGUCAGAACUAGGAGCAACAGCCGCAGUACCAACUGUACCAGCACUUCAUCAUUGCCAUUAUUCAGGCGCACACCCACCUACUGGUAUUGCUCUGCAGCCCGGUGCAGCCUUAGCUUGCUCCUCCACUGGUAGAUCACCAUCAUCAUUGUCAGGCCCUUCUACCACGGCAGAGACUACAUUUGGUCUUAGCCAGACCUGUAUGAGUGCAUCCACCCAAGCCACUACAACACAUCCCAUUGCCAGCUCAGCUAACACUAGCACUGGCAGCUUUACAGCUGAUGGUAAUGCUGCUGGGAGAGGAACUGCAUUGCAGCAGAGUACACAGCCACCAGCGUCAGUCCACCUUGAAAACACGGCACAGCUGGCAGCAGCUGCAGUAGUAAGACAUGCUUCUUCACUGCCUCUCGAGCCGCAAGCCAAGAGGGCCCUACUUAACAAUGUUGGUAGAGCAUUCACCGAGGAAAUGUCCAGGCAUAUUGACUAUGUGUCUGCUCAAAGUAUGGCUCAUACCAGUCCAGAUUCCCAGGCCUCUCUGCUGCAGAAGUCUCAGUUCCUCCUGGACAGCACCGCAAAGUCUGACGGUGACUCAGGGUUGUCCGGUUCUGCUGGUAGCUCAGACACCGAAGAAUGGACAAAACGUGAUCUGCGCAAAGCUCGAGUCACGGUUUUUAUGGACAGCAAACUGAGGACAUCUGUGGACGACUGUGAUGGAAUUAUCUUGGACAGGUUAUCUAAGCAGCACUUCAAUGAGACUAAUAUCAGAAUCGAACCGAAGCCCAGAAGAAGUGAUCCUGCACUCACAUGUGUUGAAGGAAAAGCUGGGGGACAGAUAAGGACAUUAAUCACGAUCAUCAUCAAAGGAAGAUAUGAUGACAGCACCGAACACAAGAUCGAAAGAGAAUUGCUUGGAGACCUGGAGGCCCUUACCUACUCCAGGCAUCAAAUUCAGGUCCUCUUCCGGGGUCCAUAUGACAGCAUUCAAGUUGUACUGCUGCUACCAAUGAGAACACUGGGUCAUCUACUCUACCUUGCAGUACACUAUCCUGGACUGCUGCGAGGCCUGGAUAUACUUCAAAUCAUUGACAUCUCCUCUUUGACCAUAAUUGACUUUCGAGAGAUAACAGGCAACUCUAGCAACUCCACUGUGGCCUUAGACGAGUUGACAGAGGAUAAUGAAGAGCUGUCAGAGGACAAUGAGGAUGAUGAGGAUGAGGAUGAUGUUGAAGUUCUGCCACAGAGCUAUGACAAUGAGCUGGAGUUUUCGAGGCGCACUGACGUAGCUGCUGCUGCUCAGCCCCACAUCUCGCAGCAGGAAUACGACCAGAUAAAUAAUCGCAGUAAGGACUUCCAGCUUGUGCUGGCAGUCAUUAUGAGGUCACACCGGAAAGACCAGAAUUUCCUCACAGCAAUCCGGACUUGCAUUUCCAAUGGUGCACAACAACCCAUUGGUCUGCAGCCCGGUGCAGCCUUAGCUUGCUCCUCCACAGAUAGAUCACCAUCAUCAAUGUCAGGUCCUUCUACUACGGCAGAGACUACAUUUGGUCUUAGCCAGACCUGUAUGAGUGCAUCCACCCAAGCCACUACAACACAUCCCAUCGCCAGCUCAGCUAACACUACUGGCCGGUUUACAGCUGAUGGUAAUGCUGCUAGUUAUGCCCGAAAUAAGGCUGGUGACACUCCAUUGCACAAAGCCGCCGAGCAAGGCAAUAUCGACAUUUGCAUAUCCCUGCUCGAAGCAGGUGCCGACAAGGACAUCCAGAAUAGUGCUUUUGACACUCCAUUGCACUGUGCUGCCAAGCAAUGCAAUAUCGACAUUUGCAAAACCCUGCUCGAUGCCGGUGCCCAGAAGAGCAUCCAGAAUAGUGCUGGUGACACUCCAUUGCACUGUGCUGCCAAGCAAGGCAAUAUCGACAUUUGCAGAACCCUGCUCAAUGCCGGUGCCGAGAAGAACAUCCGGAAUAGUGCUGGUGACACUCCGUUGCACUGUGCCGCCAAGCAAUGCAAUAUCCCAAUUUGCAAAACCCUGCUCGAUGCCGGUGCCGAGAAGGACAUCCAGAAUAGUGCUUUUGACACUCCAUUGCACUGUGCCGCCAAGCAAUGCAGUAUCGACAUUUGCAAAACCCUGCUCGAUGUCGGAGCCGAGAAGAACAUCCAGAAUAGUGCUUUUGACACUCCAUUGCACUGUGCCGCCAAGCAAUGCAAUAUCGACAUUUGCAAAACCCUGCUCGAUGUCGGUGCCGAGAAGAACAUCCAGAAUAGUGCUUUUGACACUCCAUUGCACUGUGCCGCUAAGCAAGGCAAUAUCGACAUUUGCAAAACCCUGCUCGAUGCCGGUGCCGAGAAGGACAUCCGGAAUAGUGCUUUUGACUCUCCAUUGCACUGUGCCGCCAAGCAAGGCAAUAUCGACAUUUGCAAAACCCUGCUCGAUGCCGGUGCCGAGAAGGACAUCCGGAAUAGUGCUUUUGACACUCCAUUGCACUGUGCUGCCAAGCAAGGCAAUAUCGACAUUUGCAGAACCCUGCUCGAUGCCGGUGCCGAGAAGAACAUCCAGAAUAGUGAUGGCGACACUCCGUUGCACAAUGCGGCCAUGAGAGGUACAAUCGAUGUGUGUCAAGCGCUGCUCGCUGCAGGGGCGGACUGCAACAUCAGGAAUGAGGAUGGCGAGACACCAUUGGACAAAGCGAGAAACAACGGCCACCGUUCAGUUGAAGAGCUAUUGAAGAAGGUCACCUCAAAAUCUGCUGAAUCACACUUGAGGGAUCAGAUUAAGGCAGUGACUAAGCACAGUUAUUGGCGAGACUCCACUGGACAAGGCGCGAAACAACGGCCAGUUGAAGAGCUAUUGAAGAAGGUCACCUCAGAAUCUACUGAAUAACCCGGGAGGGAUCAGAUUAAGACAGUGACCAAGUACAGUUGCUGGCGAGACUCCAUUGGACGAGGCGCGAAACAUCGGCCACCGUUCAGUUGAAGAGCUAUUGAAGAAGGUCACCUCAGAUCCUUACUAGAAGUUACAAUAUCGGUAUAGAAAUUGUCAAUGUCUCUGCAGUUUUGCUUCGCUAGCAAUUCAAUUAGAAUCAACUACCAUCCUAUCGGCAUUGGAUGCAUUUUCAACAAGUUUCUCCUUUUUAUUUUUUUAUCAAUUGCUCGUUUGCCUAGACUAUUCUGUGUGUGUUUUUGGUUGGUUGAGUUGGGUAACUCCGCUCUUCUUCCUCGCUCACCGGAGGUAUGUUUCUAGUCUCCUCGCCCAACUGGGGAGCACUCCAAUGGAGAGAGAAAGAUUUUCAUAGAGCGGCUUGCUAUGAGAGGUGGACUGAGACUUGACGGCACUAACGGCGAAUAUCAGGACCUUACGGCCACGGAGCUGCGGGACUCUGCGCUGGUCGUCUAUCCGUGUGGAGGCGAAGACAACGCGGGCAACAUUCUGCUGAAGCGAGCACGGAGCUGAAGCUGGAUUGGUGACUGACGUACCUGCUUACCGGUACUCCACAACACCGGCGCAUACUGAUGUACAUUGUACAAAACUUCGUGAGUAUUCAACUCAAAUUCGUGUUCCGUCAGCGUCAGUGUCAGCAACUACAUGACAUUGUACUACAAUUUGUUCCCAAAAUGACUUCGGGACGGUCUGUUCAUGGUUUUCAUUUGUAUUGGACUCGUUCUCUAUACUUGCGAUAAUUUAGCGGCAAUUCUAUUGUUGUAGCGUUGUUCUCUUGUAAUUUAGUGGAACCUGUAUUGAUUAACUGAGUUUUAUGUUUCGUUACAUUGUCGACAGAUCUCCUGUGUACCGGUUUUGUGGCACAAUGAUUAUAGCCAUUAGUCGCCUCCAUUCUUGUGCAAUCAUGCAUAUGUAGGUUGGUUCUCUUCAUGUUAUUGUGGCCUAUUUCAUAGAUGUUGGUUGCCUUGUUGCAUUCUCUCCCCUCUCCUCUCAACCAAGCCAUUCUGCACAAGGGAAGCUGUGGACGCAGCAUACUGCUGCUGCACUUCAACGCGGGAAUGCUAAUAAUAAUAAUAAUAAUAAUAUUUUGAAACUCGGGUAUUGAGCCAAUAAUAGAGUUUAGAUUUCGGCUUGUACAAUUCAUUCUCGCAAAGCUUCCCCCUUCUUAACUUAUCUUUGAUAUUUUUGACCCACCCAAGUUGGGUGGUGUGCUGC